AUGCACGCCCUGGAAUCGAGGAUUAUACUCGUCUUCUGGCUUUUUUUCUACGUUUCUGUUCGCUCGUGGGAAAUCCGACCGUAUCCGAGCUCCGAAGAACGUUCCGAGAAUGAAUUAGAAUUGGACGAUCCAACGGAAAGGAUAGAUAUUAUAUUUCCAGGAACAAAGUGGUGCGGAAGUGGUAACAUAGCUAGUGAUCCGAAUGAUCUAGGGAAAUAUUUCGAAACCGACGCGUGCUGCCGAAAUCACGAUAUGUGCCCUGACGUAAUCGAGGCUCAUGGAACGAAACACGGUUUGACUAAUCCUUCGUUUUACACCAGAUUAAGCUGCUCCUGCGAUGAUGAGUUUCACCGAUGUCUUAAAAAUUCAAAAGAUGCUGUCGGCGGAAAAGUAGGGACUGUAUACUUCACCUUAUUAGGAACGCAAUGCUUCCGAGAGGAUUAUCCUGUUGUUGGUUGUAAGUCCAGCACCUUGUAAGUACGAUUAAUACAUUGUCUGACACGGUAUACUCAGCGAAUUCAAUCGUAAAAUCGCUUGUACUGAAAUUUAAAGGAAAUUUUUAUUGUUGCAGUACUGGCCGUUGUUUGGAGUACGAGUUUGACACAACGAAACCAAAGGAGUACCAGUGGUUUGACGUACCUUUUUACUAGUCAACGGAUCUCGAAUAUUAAUAUACUUUCGUUACUUAAUAUACGUAAAUACUUAAAACUUAAAAUAUCAUAUAAAAUAUAUUUUAUAUUUUAUAAAAUAUUAUAUUAUAUAAAAUAUUAUAUAAAAAUUAUAUUUUAUGUAUAUUAAUGAAAUAUUAAUGAUCCAAAUAUCCAAAUUGGUUUGUUCAAGAUGAAUGUGCUGCGUACCAUAAAUUUAAUUUAUUUCACUUUAACUGUCUAACUAAGUAUGUAAGAUACAGCUUGAAGAAAAAGUGAGACAUUAUUGUUACAUUUGAAUACGUAUUUUUAGCAAUGAUUUUGCAAUAUAUUGUUAGUAAUAUUGUGUAGUGUAAACAUAUAUGUAUAUAUUAAAUGUAUUCUAUGUAUCAUUCAAUGUUCAUUUAUUUUUUCUAAAAUAAAAUAAUUUUAAUAUUAAUAUAAUAAUUUUAAUAUUUUAAUGUUAAUAAUAAUUUAAAAUAGUUAAAAAUUGUUUUUAAGAAUGUUUAA